AUGGUCAAGGAAGAAGAAGCCAUGGCCGGCGAAAGCGAGAUUCGCGACUUUGCUCUGGACAAUCCCAGUGAAGAGGAUGGCGACGAUGUCAUGGAGGAUCUGUCCGAAGAAGACGACGACGAUGAUGACGAGGAAGCGAUGCAAAAAGUACGCGACGGCUUCAUCGUCGACGAUGACGAAGAAGAAGUCGAACGCAAACGACGCAAAAAGCACAAGCGGCGGAAGGAAAGAGUCGACGAUGACGACGCUUUGGAUGCCGACGACCUCGAAUUGUUGUUAGAAAACCUGGGGGAACGCUCACGCAAACAACUGAAGUUCCGUAGACUCAAGCGGGCUCAAGGUGGCGACGAUGACGGCAAUCGCCUGGCAGCUACCCUGAAAUUGAGCGGGUUGUUCAGUGAUGACGAGGGCGAAGAAGGCGGUGACCAAGGCAUCGAAGACAAUAGAAACAUGAUCGACGAAUUCGAGGACUUUAUCGAGGAAGAUGAGUUCUCUGACGACGAUGAAAGAAAGCGUGCCAAGGUGGCUCGCGUCAAGAAGCCGAAAAAGCUGUCAUUGGACACGUCUAAGCUUUCAAACGUUGAUCGUGAGUCGUUGCAACAAUUGUUUGAAGUAUUCGGUAACGGUGCCGAGUACGAAUGGGCUCUUGACGCUCAGGAAAUGGAAGACGAAAAUCGUGAAGCGGCCAGUGGGGAACCGACCACCUUGGAUGAAGUUUUCGAACACCUGGAACUUAAGGAACGAAUGCUCACCGAAGAAGACAAUUUAGUGCGUAUCAUCGAUAUUCCUGAACGCUACCAAAAAUACCGGGCCAAUCUCAAUUAUAUCGACUUGGAUCAGGAUGUAUUGGAUCGUGAAAAGUCUUGGGUGGCUGAGAUUAUGUACAUGGAAAAGCUUGGGAUGUUCACGGGCGACUUGGAAGUCCACUUCAAGAAUGCUGUGGGCAAAGUUGUCGAGUUUGUCUCUAAGGAUGCCUACGAAGUGCCUUUCAUCUGGACUCAUCGGCGUGAUUUCCUUUUACACUCCGAAGAGACUAUUGGCGCUGAUGGAAACCCCACCACAGAAGUUCAUAAGUUAUUAUUUGAAGAUGACCUUUGGCGAAUUGUUCAACUUGACAUUGAAUAUCAUUCGUUGUACGAAAAGAGACUCAAUGUGGAAAAGCUCAUUUCUCAAAUUCCUGAGGCUAUCGAAGAUGAUGAUAUUUUGAGAGACAUUGGCAGUUUGGAAUCUAUGUCCGCUAUUCAAGACGUUAAUGACUACGUACAAUUCACCUAUGCUGAUGCUCUCAAAGAGGCUCACCCUCAAAAGAAGGGAGCUAAACCCCAGUUAUAUCACCGUCUCAAAGCGAAUAUUUUGUACGAUGCCAUUGCUGCUUUUGGUUUGACUGCAAAGCAAUUUGGUGACAACAUCCACGACCAAAGUUCGAAAGGAUUCCAAGCUGCUUAUCGGGUACAUGCUACUGACGACCCUUUAGAGUCUCCUGCUGAUUUGUUGGAACGUCUCGUGGAUGACGAUGAAGUUUUGUUCAAGGAUGUGGCAACUGCGCGCGAUGCAGUUCGCAGAGUGUACGCUGAAGAGAUCGCUCACAACCCCAAGGUCAGAGCCGAAGUCCGCCAAACUUUCAAAAAGUUUGCCAACAUUUCGGUUGCCAUCACCGAAAAGGGUCGUACCACUAUUGACGUACAUCUGCCCUACGCUGACAUGAAGUAUGCUAUCAACCGUACCCCUGCUGAUCUCGUUAAAGACCCGCUGUAUUUCUUGCGGAUGCUAGAAGCGGAACGUCAAGGUUUAUUGGUUAUCAAGGUGCAAACUAAAGAUUACGAUCUGUGGUUCAGAUGCAUUUUCGACUGUCUCAAGCUGGAUGGGAUGUCUGAGGUUGCUGAUCUUUGGAAUCAAGAACGUCAAAUUGUGCUUGAACGAGCAUUUUCGAAACUUUGCAGUAUGGUAGCUCUUAGCACUAAGGAAGACUUGCGUCGUGAAUGUGAAAGAUUGAUCGCUCUGGAGUUGCGUCGCAAAUUCUUGUAUCGUGUCGAUCAAGCUCCCUACACCCCUCAAGGUUACGACAAGGGUACCAAACCUAAUGUGCUUGUGCUCACAUUUGGUAAAGGUGAUCCCGAUCUGGCUGUGGUUGGUGUUUUCAUCAAAGAGAACGGCAAGGUUGACGAGUUUUUCAAGCUGGAUGUGAACCCCAUUCAUAACCGUGAAAAUCAAGAUGCUUUCAACGGGCAGCUCAAGGAGUUCUUCGAUCGAAACCUUGACUAUGUCAAACCUGACGUUGUCGUGAUUUCUGGGUUUAACGCCAAUACUAAGAAGUUGUUUGAUGUCAUUCGCCAAUUUGUUGAGGAGCACAACAUCUCGGUGCCCCUUCCUGAAGUCGCCGAUGCAAUGGAGGGCGCCCCUACUUCGGCUCCGCUCCCGGUGGUCUUUGGUCAAGAUGAAACUGCUCGCUUGUACCAGAACAGUGAAAGAGCGAAGCAGGAAUUCCCUGAUAAGCUGAUGUUGGUCAGAUAUGCAGUCGGAGUUGCUCGUUAUGCGCAAAACCCGUUGCUUGAGUACGUGUCGUUGGAAGACGAUAUCUUGUCUCUCAACUUUCAUUCUUACCAAAAGCUUUUGGAUCCUGACACGGUGAUUGAGGCGAUUGAGCUGGUAUUUGUCGACAUUGUCAACAUGGUUGGGGUUGAAAUCAACGAAGCUGCGAGAAAUCCGUACGUUGCAAAGCUCUUGCCCUACAUUGCUGGCCUUGGACCUCGGAAAGCCCUGGGUCUUAUUCGUAAUAUCAACUCAUCUAAAAUUGGGCUGUCUUUAGCCAAUCGUGCGGACUUAAUCGAGUUCGACUUGAUGCCGGCUAAUAUCUUUGUUAAUUGCAGCUCGUUCCUCAACAUUCCCUAUGAAGAUGCUGCCACUGCCUCGCGCGAUCUGCUGGUUGAACUUUUGGACGCUACGAGAAUCCAUCCCGAAGACUACGAUUUGGCUCGCAAGAUGGCGGCGGAUGCUUUGGACUUGGACGAAGUCGACAUUGCUGCUGUCGAAAAGGAUGGCGGUAUCAUAUAUCAAUUGAUCAUUCAAGGUGUCAAUAAGGUCGAUGAUCUCAACUUGAUUGAUUACGGUAAGGAACUCGAACUGAAGCGUGGGAAGAAGAAGUAUGCUACACUCCAGAUUAUCAAAGAAGAGUUGGUCAACAACUUCCAAGAAAUCAGACGGAAUUUCCGGGUAUUGGACAACCUGGACGUCUUCCAAAUGUUAACGGGGGAAACCCCCGAAACUUUCUCUCGAGGGCUGAUUGUUCCAGUCACUGUGAUUAAGGUACUGAAGAACUACCGUGACUACAACCACCCUAAGGUGCGGUGGGCUAAAGUCAUCACCUCAAGUUCGAUCAUUGGUAACAUCGAAGAAAAUCACAUUCCGGUGGGGAAGGACUUGAAUCAACAAGAAGUGGUGCAAGCGGUGGUUAUGGACAUCUACUACGAUCUGUUCACUGCUACCUUUUCGUUGCUCGACGAAGAUCUCAAGAAGGCGUUAACACCCAAAUUCCCGAUGGAGCGUGGUAAGUGGGAUCUCGAUGCCCAAGAAGAAGACAUUCGCAAACGAGAUGCAAAGGAGAGAGCUUUGCUUGCAAAGACCAAAAACAUUUCUCACCCGUUGUAUCACAAUUUCAACUUCCGACAAGCAGAAGAGUUCUUGGCGCCUCAGCUGGUUGGUGACUGUGUCAUUCGUCCCUCGCUGCGUGGGUCACAAUUUUUCACUGUGACGUGGAAGGUGGCAAACAACUUGUUCCAACAUCUUUUGGUGGAGGAGAAACAAGCGCCGGACGGUCUGCGCGUUUACGUUGUUGAUGGCAAGCUGUACCAUGAUAUUGAUCAGUUGAUUUUCCAACAUAUUCAAGCGAUUGCCAAGAAGGUGUCCGAAAUGACGAGAAACCUCAAGUUCAAAGAAGGAACCUUAGCGGAAGUGAACGAAUGGUUGGAACUGUACACCAAGGCGAACCCGCGACUGUCGCAAUACGUUUUCUGUUACGACCACAAGGCACCUGGGCUGUUCUUGUUGUUGUUCAAAGUAAACGCCACCACUCCUACACUGACCUGGCGUGUCCGCACGGAAGUGGAAGGGUUCAACUUGAAGGGUUUCUCAUACCCCAACAUGUUGUCGUUGUGUAAUGGGUUCAAACAGACCUUCAAGUCGUUUGUCGCCAAACAGAAAAACGUUAACUACGGUUAUUAA